AUGUCUCUCAAUGGGCUAGAUACUCCCACCGUCGUCGAAGCCUACCAGAAUGCCCUGGCCGACGCGGGCGGUUGGUUUCUAUUACACUAUACCGCACGGGAUGAGGUCGCCCUCCUCGAUCGAGGAACCGGUGGGGUGCCCGAGGUGCGCAAUGCCAUCGACAACUACAACGAGACUUCGCCGCUCUAUGGCUUCUUGCACUAUCGCAGGAGGAAGGUCAUCCUGCGGUACAUGCCCGAGGGUCUCUCGCGGCUCAUACUAGCGCGGAGUAAUGUCCAGUUCCAGUCUGUCCUCGACAAGUUCACCCCCCACGAUACGGUUCUUCCCCUAGCGCAGGCAUCCGAUUUGAACGAGAGCGCCUUAUCAUCCGCUUGUCUUCUCCAUACGGCCUCCGGAUCGAUCACGUCUUCGUCCAGCUCGCUCCGGCGCCGUCGAUUGAUGGAGAUCACCGAAGAUGCGGAGGAAAACGGUACGAAGGAGGAAACAAAGGGUCAAUCGGAUUCGCAAUCGCAACCGCAAUCGCAACCUCCUCCCAGGCCAGAGACAAGACAACGAUCGGGUAGCCAGAGGUCGGAAGCUACCAUUGUACCACCACCACCACCCUCGACUACCUCCCCUGAAGUCGAGACAUCCUCGCCCGAUCUGAGGCCUCCACCUUCGCGAGCAAGUUCCCGUUCACCUCUCUCACACGGUAGUCAGAGUGAAUCGCACUCUAGUGCCAUGUCUCCAACAUCCCCUCGAUCUCCGGAAUCCGUCACUUCGGAGUAUUCACGAUACAGGAACAUCCUGGACGAGUUUCCUCGCCCGUCAGAGGAAGUUCGUAUGUCAACCCAGUCUGCGCGACCCUCAUUGCGUGAUCUGGAGCGCGCGGCUGGAUACACACCAAAAGUCAAGCUAGGUCCUCGUCCUGCAGUCGACCAAAGUGGACGGCCACGCACGUCAGGAAGCUCCCGUAACCCCGAUCAACGACCAGUUGCCUCAAUGCCAGCUGGCAUGCGUCCGUCCUCCCUGCGGAAACCCCCCAGCAUCACCGACGUCCCCCGUCCCCGAUCUCAAGGAAGCUCAUUUGCAUCCAAACCCAGCAGUCGAGCACCUCCCAUCCCGCCCUUGCUGGUUCCACCUCCGUCAAUUCCCAUUUCGAGACCGCCGCUCUCUCCAGGUGCCAAGUCCUUGGGUGCCCUCUCUACGUCGUCCGGCCUAACUCCCGAAAAAGAACGCUUGAUGAAAGCGUUGCAGCAACGGAGAAAGCAAAUGGCCAAGCGGGCGGAGCAAACGAAGAAGAAGCAGGCGAUGCCUGAUGUAAAGGAAGAGGUAAACACGACGACGAAGGAGUCUGUCCAGAGCGAAGAGGGAAAUACGGAGAAUAUUGAUCUGGCCCAGCCAGCGAAGAGCCCUAAAAUUGAGGCUGAAACACUACCGAAGCUUGAAACUAAGCUCGACCCAGAGAAGACGCAAGAAAGUCAAGCUCAUGGAAGCCUUGCAGAACCGCAUGUGGUGGUUCCCGAGGCAUCCGCAGCACUUGAGCAGCCUCGCGACCUGGCUCCAGGCAGGCCCGAAGAGGAUGAACCUUCAGCUUCUUCCAAGGCACUAGUACCUCCAGCGCUUCAUUAUAAGGCAACUAUCGAGUCUGAAGACAAGCAGGCCCAGGCCUCUCCCGAAACGUCAAGAGUUGACCCGGAAUUGAUUACCGAUGGCCCGGUCUCUGAUUCCGAAUGCCCAUCUUCUCAUACCUCGGGCCCCAGCGCUGACACCACAUUUUCUACUGAUCGCGCCGAGACUCCUUCGGAGACUAUCAAGUCCGAGACACCGCAGACCUUCGUUGAAAACGAGGUCCCUGAGGUUGAAACACGCGCGGAGCACGCGGUCUCCACAAUUUCCGACCCUAUUGAGUCUAAGGACGACCUAGUCCCACCUAGCGCCAACGUUCACGUCCCACUCAACAAGGAGGCCACCGACGUCCCAGACACGACGCCAGAACUGGAAAACGCGUCUCCUGCGCAACAGCCUGAGAUCGUCCCGGUCCCGGUCGUUGACGAGCAAUUAGAGCAGGCUGCCACCGAACAAGCUGCCACCGAACAAGCUGCCACCGAACAAGCUGCCACCGAACAAGCUGCUCCUGAACAAGCUGCCCCCGAAGAGGCUGCCCCCGAAGAGGCUGCCCCCGAAGAGGCUGCCCCCGAAGAGGCUGCCCCCGAAGAGGCUGCCCCCGAAGAGGCUGCCCCCGAAGAGGCUGCCCCCGAAGAGGCUGCCCCCGAAGAGAUCCCCGAAACAGUCACCAUCCCUAUUCUUCCUCCGGUGGAGUCUUCCCCUAGCCCCCUAGUCGAGCCUCCGGCGGUCGCGCCCGUUUUGGUGUCUAUCGAGCCUGUCCCUCAAGACGAGACCACGCCUGAGGAGCUACAAACAUCGAGUCUGGCACCCGCUGUUCCCCCCUUGGACCAAAGACGCAGAAAACACUUGGAGCCGAUCCAAAUCCCAACGCAGGAGUUUUCAGACGACGACCCUCUCCUCUCGGAUGAUUCUUUUAUGGAGGAAUUAAGAUCAGCCACCGUGCAGGAGGCCAGACCGGUUUCGGUCAAGCCUCCCAACGGUGGGGAUCUGUCUUGGAAGGGUUCCCGGGCUGUCUCCAGCCCUUACAUGGCUUCUCCAUCGGCCAUGCAAGCUUUGGCGGUGGGCCGAUCUGUGUCGAGCUCAUACAUUGACAACGGGCCUCCGACUCCAGUGCUCAUGGCCAAGAAGAUCAAUGUCUCUUCCGGCAUUUCGAGCCGUAUCAAGGCAUUGGAAAAGUUCUCCAGCCGGGAAGGCACGUCUUCUGGUUCGACUCCGGUUCCUGGACCGUCCACUUCUUCCUCGUUUGAGGAGCUGCGCAAGCGCGCGUCUGUAUCGUUCCCGAAUGGUACUAUUCCGGAUUUCUCUCGAGCUCCCAGCGUGAAUCAUCAUGAGACCCGCCCCGUCUCUGCCGCUAACCGCCGUACAAACUCGAUCUCUGUAACGGCUCGCAUUGUCCGUGAUACCAGUGUCUCUCCAGGCUCCUCUGGUGUUGAGCCGUCUGAGUCUGAUGUCCUUAACCUUCAGGCUAGUCCGCUCACAGUGGAGCAGUAUGAAUCAACGGACGAUGUGGUGGCCAAAAGCCAGAUUGUCGAGUCUACCGCCCCUCGAACGGAGGACCGCAGUAUGUCCAUGUCAUCCGCUGGGUCGAACCGCCAAGCUACGCCAGUCUCUCGUCCUGCAAGUCGCCUGUCACUGUCUUCGCGCGCCAAGGCCGAUGAAACUCUCCAUUCCUCGCCACCCACAGACGAGAAAAAGGGCUCCCGCGCCUCUCGUUUGAUGCGUCGCAUGUCGUCCAUCACCUCGAAUUCCCGCCGCAGCAUUAUUGGAGCCUUGAGCCCGCCCGUGAAGGAAGAGUCUGCCGUUUCUCCUCUGAGUUACUCGACCAUCUCGACAUCCACGUCCCGUCACACCCUCUCCGAGCCCAUCGAAAUUGGCGAAGUUAACGUCCAGUUCCCUGAAACUCUCCUCUGGAAGCGCCGAUUCAUGCGCAUCGAUGAGGAUGGCUACGUGGUUCUCACUCCCGGUACCAAUGAUGCUAGCGCUCGCAACAUGACCAAGCGCUAUCACUUGACCGAGUUCCGGACUCCUUGUCUCCCCGACGAGGAUAUGCAGGAGUUGCCCAACAGCAUUCUGUUGGACUUCCUGGACGGCAGCACGCUACAGUGCGCGUCUCUUGUCGACGCUCACAACGCCUAUCAGCGAUGA